AUGGACUCUUUAAAUAAUUUAAUUGUAAAUGAUACAAAUACUAAUAAUAUACAAUCACCAAAUAUUUUUUCUUUAUAUAAAGAUAAAAAAUAUUCAAGUGAAAAAUUAUCUAAUGAAAAUAGUAAAGAAAAUAAAAUUUUAUUAGAUAAAAAGGAUACUAAAGAUGAAAUACAAGUUUAUGAUGAGUAUUUUGAUAAUGAAUCACUACAACAAAAAUAUGUUGAAGAAAAAAAAUCAAGAAUGAAGUUGAUUACAACAACAAAUUCUUUAAAUUAUCCUUAUGAUCAUUAUAUAUAUAAACAUAUUACAAAAAGAAUUCCCAGGUAUAAUUUAUCACAUUCACUUCCAGUUCAUUGUGGAUUUUAUGUUGAAUCAUUGGGAAAUUUUAGAUCAACAGAAAUGACUUUUGAUAUUGAUUUGUAUCUUUAUAUGACAUGGAAAGAUGAAUCACUAGCACAUUCAAAUGAAGAGUAUAUAUCUAUAAAUGAUCAAAAUGUUCUUGAUCUUUUAUGGGUACCUGAUCUUUAUUUUGCCAAUGCCCGUUCUGCUACCAAACACAAAGUAACUGUACCAAAUUUUAAUAUGUAUAUAGCAAAAGAUGGUACCAUCUCUUAUGGAGUAAGGGUAACUUUAAAUGUAGCAACAAAUUUAGAUUUAAAAAAUUAUCCACAUGAUAAACAAAAAACAGAAAUAAAAAUUAUAAGUUAUGGUCAUGUUGUUUCUGAGAUGAAUGUUACAUGGUUUACAGAAAAUCCGAUAAAUUUUAAUGAUGAAAUUGGUUUACCUGAAUUUAAAAUUACUGGUGUUAGUCCAGAUUAUUGUAAUGGAACUUUUAGAUAUACUUUAACAGAUACAUCAUUUAGAAUCGGUCAUUUCUCUUGCCUAAAAGCAAUUAUUUUUUUAGAUCGAGCUAUUGGUUAUCAUUUAGUUCAAAGUUAUAUACCAACUGCAUUAAUUGUUAUCAUAUCUUGGGUUUCUUUUUGGAUAGAUAGAAGAGUUGUCCAGGCAAGAAUAUUUUUAUCAUUCUCAACACUUUUAACAUUAUCAACACAAGCUAAUGGUUUAAGAUUUGGUUUACCACCAGUAUCAUAUGCCAAAGCAAUUGAUUAUUGGUAUGGAAUAUGUAUGUUAUUUAUAUUUGGUGUUUUAUUAGAAUUUGCUAUUGUAAAUUCAUACAUGAGAAGGGCAAAUAAAUAUUCAAAUAUGUCUCAUAAUUGGCAUUUAUUUUCAACACCAGUAUCGGGAAGUGAAAGAAAAUCUUUUUCCUGUAAGGGUGAAAAAUCAAAUGGAAUAUUAUCACAAGAUAUUGAUACAGAUGUUGAAGAUACAAUUUCAUAUUUCAAAUCAAUACCUUCAAGUAAACAAUACAUCACUCAGACAGAACUUAUCUAUAAAGCAAUGUAUUAUAAUAGACGUGCUUUGACAGUAGAUCAAAUUAGUAGAAUUGCUUUUCCUGGUGUAUUUUUUCUUUUUAAUAUAAUUUACUGGUAUUAUUAUCUUUAUUAUGGAAAAUAUGAUGACUAUCAAUAG